GUCAACUCUAAAACAUGGCGGCCUUUCAAUUGGAAAAAGGGAAUAGGUUAGCUUAUAGUAUACAUAAGUGCUCCAGUUUUUCAUCAUCCUAUGUACCUGAGAAUAUUCAAGAAGACAAGUCAAGCGAUCAGUCAUCCCGCUGGUCAUCGGACACGAAUAAUCCGCCGCAGUAUCUGACGCUGAAACUCCAACAUUUUGCUAUCGUGCUCUCCAUAACAUUCGGAAAAUAUGAGAAGACGCAUGUUUGCAAUCUCAAAAAAUUCAAAGUGUUUGGUGGAGUGACAGACGAAAACAUGAUCGAACUCUUGGAUAGUGGCUUGAAGAAUGACAGUUCACCAGAAACAUUUCAGUUGCGUCAUACUGUGAGAGAUCAUCCUGUCCCAUUUCGGUUCAUCAAAAUUAUGCCACUCCAGUCUUGGGGACCUAGCUUCAACUUCAGCAUUUGGUUUGUGGAACUGUGUGGAAUAGAUGACUGGGAUGUUGUUAAACCUUGCUUGGAUUGGUACAAUGCAUAUAAGGAGAGAGAAGUAGUGAGACUGUGUCUGAAACACUUCCGCCAACAUAAUUAUAAUGAAGCAUUUGAAGCUCUUCAGAGGCACACUGAGAUACAAUUGGAAGACCCAUUGCUUAGCAAGUUACAUGAAAUUCUAGUUAAUAAGGGAGACUACGAGGGUACUGAAGACUUCAUGGAACACUCAGUAUCUCCAGGUAAUCUAUUCAGCCACUACAUCAAGCAGCAGGAGUACAAACCUGUAUGGCAGCCUAUACAACCAGCUGAUAGUGAAUCUCAACCAGGUAUGAGAGGUGGGCAUCAAAUGUGUAUGGAUCCUUUCACAGAGACAAUAUACCUGUUUGGGGGCUGGGAUGGAAAUCAAGAUCUCAGUGACCUUUGGACAUAUCAUGUUCCUUCACGCAAGUGGACAUUAAUUUCCAAAGACACUGAGGCAGAGGGAGGACCCAGUGCAAGAUCAUGUCAUAAGGUGUGCCUGGAUCCAGAACAACGCCAAAUAUUUACACUGGGAAGGUACUUAGAUACACACUAUAGGACUCCAGAAAAUCUGAAGAGUGAUUUCUAUAUGUAUGACAUUGAGAACAAUAGAUGGACUCUAAUAACAGAAGACACAGGUAGCAUGGGAGGCCCUCAACUGAUAUUUGAUCAUCAGAUGUGCAUGGAUGUAGAGCGAAGAACUAUUUAUGUCUUUGGCGGUCGUGUUCUCACACCUCAGUGCAGCAUGGUGGAUGAGCGACCAGGAUUUAUAGGCCUUGUGGGACCAGUGGAACCAAUAUUUUCUGGUCUUUUCUCAUAUCAUGUUCCUACUAACACUUGGAAGAAACUAUGUGAUGAUUCCUGCUGGCCUGAGGGGGCUCCGUAUACAGCUAUUCGUUCCAGAGUCGGUCAUUCCAUGUUGUUUCAUCCCAGUUACCGUCAGCUAUUUAUAUUUGCUGGCCAGAGAAGCAAAGAGUAUUUGAACGAUUUCUUCACAUACAAUGUUGACACUCAUGAAGUUAACAUUAUAAGUGAAGGCACAAAAAAGGAAGCAUCCAACAUACCAGCUGCUGGUUUCACACAACGUGCAACGAUAGAUCCUGAAUUAAAUGAAAUUUAUGUGUUAUCGGGGCUCAGCAAAGAUAAAGAGAAGAGAGAUGAUAAUGUGCAAAAUUCUUUUUGGGUUUAUUAUAUUCAUCAGAAUAAAUGGUCCUGCAUAUAUCGAAAUGAGAAUACAGGGGAAAGCUAUUGGAAUAAAAUGCAGCAUUUAGAGCCCUGUCCUAGGUUUGCUCACCAGUUAGUUUAUGAUCAUGUCAAUAAGAUUCAUUAUCUUUUUGGGGGCAAUCCAGGAAGAGCAUGCUUACCUAAAUUGAGACUUGAUGACUUCUGGAAGCUCCAGUUGUGCCGUCCUACUCAUUCUCAGUUAUUGCAGAAGUGCAAACUUCUCAUCAGGAAGCACAGGUUCAAGGAGCUUGCUUUGAAAAAUAGCAUGGCAGCUCUUCAUUAUCUCCAGACAACAUUAUCUGAGAUAAUAGAUCACACCGAUGAGGAACAGACAAGGGAGUUCCAGUUGUUAACAUCAGUCCUUUUCCGAGAACAAGACGACAGCACCUUUGGUUACAAGAAAAGUGUUACUGAAGAAGAAGAUCAGCUGGAAUGCCAUCGUAGGAGAUCCCAGUUAUUUGAUCAACUUGUAGCUUUCUUCCCAGAAAAUAUGACUCAGCCAAGAGGUAACUUAAUUGAUCUAAUUCAACUGUGAUCCCAGCAAAUAUUUCGACAAAUUUCUUUCUCAUAUGUACUAUGUUGUGAACUGUCUUAUGUUUCUGAAAAUGCCCAUCUUUCGGAGCCUCUUCAGCUCAGAAAAAAAGUUUUUGAGGCAUGUUGUGCAUAUAUUGUAACAUACUGUAAAUAGGUGUAUAGUGGAGGCGUAGAUCAUUGAUCACAAAACCCAAGACUGUAAAAAGUAUAUCUCAGGUAUGCAUCAUUGUAAAAUACUGUAAUUAUGUAAAAUUGUCAAAGUAUUUUUAACAUCCUUCAUCUGGUACUUGUUGUAUAAAACGUCUAGGUUAUAAAUGAAACCAGUCAGACCGACCUCAAGCAUACUGUUUUCUAUAAAUAAGUUUAUUGUAUUGUAUACAUAAUACUUCUUAAAAAAUCCUAUAGCUUCCUGUUUAAUGGUUUAAUCAUAAAUGUAUAAUUUGUAUGUUAUAUGACUGUAGUGACUGUAAUACAAUACAGUCUCAGGCAUUUAUGUCUCUAAAUGAGUAUCUUAUUUUGUGUAUUAAGUAUUAUAUUUGGUUACUGAACUAAAACCAGCAUCUGGUGUAAAGUACGUGGGAAGUUUCUGGAAAGCUUAUGACUUAAGGUUUUUGUUCUCACAUCUAAUAUCCAAUAUCUAUUACAUUUUCAGUCUACUUAAAAAAUAACACACUUCCUCUUGGUUUAUUUGGUAUUUCAUUAUUUUUCAUGAUUAUCUGCUGAAAUAAGAAUCAUUAUUAUUUUGCAAUGUUUGUGACAACAUUCGGUUGUGUGUACUUAACUCGGUGGCCGGUAAC